UUUGGCCUCGUCGACUCCUCCGUACUAGUCCAGCUAUUGUUGUGUGCCUUUUUCGGGAGACAACACUGACCCAUCAGCAGGAUUUAAAAUAAUUUAACUGUUUUGUUUUGCGGUUACACCGCUGUAUUUAGCCGUGUUUGUGUCCAGGCGGCGUGUCCUCUCUUUGAAGAAAUAGAAAGGAUCCCAGUGAAGGACUCUGGGCUGGUGAAGUAGUUAAUCGGUAUGGGACAGACGGAAGACUGAGAUUCCACAUUAGAGACUGCUUGUGUCGGCGCUUCCCACUUGGAUUGUCGACGGGAAACAAAAACGUGGAGGGGAAUAAGAAGAAAAGAUCACAGGACGCAUGUAGCCGAAGUGCAACACUGCUGAGGUUGGUUUUAAGGCUUGACGAUGGGUUGCGUCAGGAGUAAAGAGGACAAGGGUCCGGCGCUGAAGUACCGACCUGACAACUCAAAUGCCACACCAGUCAGUGCUCACCAGGGUCACUACGGGCCUGACCCCACCCUGAUGGGUCAUUCGCCAGCUAUGAAGACGCACAACAACUACAAUAGUCACGUUGCUGCCCUCACACCCUUUGGUGGAGCAUCUUCAGUCAUGACGCCCUUUGGCGGCGCCUCCACCUCCUUCACCUCAGUGGCUGUGAGCAGCCCCUUUCCCACUGUGAUCACAGGUGGAGUGACAUUUUUUGUCGCGUUGUACGACUAUGAAGCGAGGACAUCGGAUGAUCUGUCAUUCAAAAAAGGGGAUCGCUUUCAGAUUAUAAACAACACGGAAGGUGACUGGUGGGAGGCCCGCUCUAUCAACACUGGACAGAAAGGUUACAUCCCCAGCAACUACGUGGCCCCAGCCGACUCCAUCCAGGCAGAAGAAUGGUACUUUGGAAAAAUGGGCCGCAAAGAUGCGGAACGUCUCCUGUUGGUUCCAGGGAAUCAGCGCGGUACUUUCUUGGUACGAGAAAGCGAAACGACCAAAGGUGCCUACUCUCUCUCUAUACGUGACUGGGAUGAGAUGAAGGGAGACAACGUCAAACACUACAAAAUCCGCAAGCUGGAUAACGGUGGUUACUACAUCACAACACGAGCCCAGUUUGACACACUACAGAAGCUGGUGAAACACUACACAGAACAUGCGGACGGUUUAUGCUACAGGCUGACGACUGUGUGUCCGAUGGUGAAGCCGCAGACUCAGGGGCUAGCUAAAGACGCCUGGGAAAUCCCACGAGAUUCCCUUCGACUGGAAGUCAAACUGGGACAGGGCUGCUUCGGGGAAGUCUGGAUGGGUACGUGGAAUGGUACUACUAAAGUGGCAAUCAAGACCCUGAAGCCAGGCACCAUGUCUCCAGAGGCUUUCCUGCAGGAGGCUCAGAUCAUGAAGAAACUAAGACACGACAAACUGGUGCCUCUUUAUGCGGUGGUGUCUGAAGAGCCCAUCUAUAUUGUUACAGAGUUCAUGGGCAAAGGUAGUUUAUUGGAUUUUCUGAAAGAGGGAGAUGGAAAAUGUCUGAAGCUGCCUCAGCUGGUGGACAUGGCUUCACAGAUUGCAGAAGGUAUGGCCUUCAUCGAGAGGAUGAAUUACAUCCACAGGGACCUGAGAGCUGCCAACAUCCUGGUGGCUGAUAACCUGGUUUGUAAGAUUGCUGACUUUGGCCUGGCCCGGCUUAUCGAGGACAACGAGUACACCGCCAGACAAGGUGCCAAAUUCCCCAUCAAGUGGACAGCCCCUGAAGCUGCAUUAUAUGGUCGCUUUACUAUCAAAUCUGACGUUUGGUCGUUUGGUAUACUACUGACUGAACUGGUGACCAAGGGCAGAGUACCAUACCCAGGUAUGGUAAACCGUGAGGUUCUUGAGCAGGUAGAGCGGGGUUACCGCAUGCCCUGCCCACACGGCUGCCCCGAGUCCCUCCACGAGAUGAUGAGGCAGUGCUGGAAGAAGGAACCUGAUGAAAGACCCACCUUUGAAUACAUCCAGUCCUUCCUAGAAGACUACUUCACAGCCACGGAGCCACAAUACCAGCCUGGAGACAAUCUCUAGUCUGUUGGUGUUUGAUGAACUCUGGCACAGCAAGGUACAUCAGUGGAGAACAAAACUUGGGACAACAUAGACACUGGCAUACCUGGAAAUGUUCGUCCCUCGUAUACCGGGGGACCAAGUGUCCACAUAUGCCAAUGGGUGCUGGUGCGAUAAACUCUGGGAACUCUGCCAAUCAGAAUAAUCCAUGUGGGCUGGCCACAACACUGUGAUUUAAAGAGGGUGGAGAUUUGAUUAGAGUUUGUAGAGAUGCAGAUUUUUUUUUCUUAAUUUACUUUUUUAAAUGAUAAAAAAAAAUCCCCCUUCCUCCCCCCUUUAGCUUCCCGCUUUUUUUUUAAUUUACACAAGUCUUUUAAAAGGUUGGCAAAGAGGUUUUUUUUAAGUGACCAAUAACUGUGGUUGAAUUGUUGAGUAUGUGCUGCGACUGUAAAGCUUUGAUGGAGAUGCGUGCGUUGACAAACGGUGACAUAAAGGUCUGCUGUAUGGUUGUAAGAAUGUACUGAUAAAUCAAAGCAGAUGUACAUACAGUAUGUAUAAAAAGAAAUGUAUUUUAAGCAGGUGCGAUGAGAUCGAGAAUGAGAAUGAAAGACAUGUUGUGUGUGAUUACUUUUAAUGUGCUCACUCGAAUGAGAAGUUGCGUGUUUGUUUUUCUUUUACUUUUUUUUUUUCAUUUAAUCCAGGAUUUUAGAUCAUAAAGAGUUAUUUUGAUAAUUUGCAACAGAUUUUGUAAUUAUCAUUUUUAUAAAUGCUUAGAAAUGGACAUUACAGUUAUGAAAUUUUAAGAAAGGUUGAGUUCAUUGAUCAAAACAAUUAGCAGCAUUGGGUUUGUGCAAAACUACUUUAGUGAAACAUCACAGUGAAAUGAGAUCUCCUGUGAUCCAUGGUACUGGUACUGGAGUUCAUUAAAUCUUCUUUAAACCGGAGCGUUAUUCUUAUUCUUGUCAGCAAACUCUAACCAACCAAUGACUAAAGAACCACGCAGAGCUGUCCAUUGAUGUUCAAUGAAAUAUUUCAAACAGUAUUUCGAGCUUUCCUUGUGGUUUUCUUGUAAUUCCCAGAGAUGGAGAUGAUGGAUCACGUCCUGAGUGUGUAAACUGGUAGAAAAGACUAAACAAAUGUGCACACAGACUGUGGUCCGGGCAGAACUUGAGUGAUUUUUCUAGAUUCUAAUGAAAACAUAGAAGUUCCAAUGAAUUCUUACAGGUAUUUCUCCUUCCACAUGCACUAAAAAAUAAUUCUUAUCAAGGUGUGACAAAUAAGGAGACAAUGAGGAGACAAAGAUGUGAAUUAUUUUUGUUUGUUUCUUUUCUGAGUCUCAUUCACAUAAUAUGCGAUUGUUCUUGAAAAAAAUUGAUGUGAACUAGAGGGGGUGAAAUUACUGAGAAUUGUUACUAAUAUGAUUUUGUACAGAAUAAAUCAUAAAUAAAAAGG